AUGAAGCUAUCAAAAGUAGCCGCAGUAGCAGAAACCCAAAAUGCUCGCGACGAGAGGGUUGAGCAGUUAUGGAGAAAACUAGAUACAAAUCAGAAAGGGGAGAUUAAUUUGCAAGAGCUUCAAAAGGGGCUGCGGAAGAUCGAUCACCCAUUGAAGAAUGCCGGUGAUAUGCUAAGAGAUGCAGUAAAGGCUAUGGAUAAAAAUGGGGAUGAAGUUAUUCAAUAUGAUGAAUUUCGAACUUUCGUCGAGAAAACUGAAAAAGAGUUAUUCGUCCUCUUCCAAGGCAUUGAUAGGGAUCAUGAUAAUAGAUUGGAUAAAGAUGAAUUGCAAGUUGCAUUCAAGAAAGCUGGACUUACUAUUUCGAAAUCUAAAUUAGACCUAUUCUUCGAAGAGGUUGAUAUGAAUCACGAUGGAUUCAUAACAUUCGAUGAAUGGAGAAACUUCUUGCUAUUUUUACCCACUACAGCUUCUACCCAACCUUUGAAGGCCGUACUGUCAUAUUAUCAGUCUGCAGUAGCUGUGAACGCCGAGGGCGAUACUUCAAUUCGAGAAGACACACUCGAAGGCUUAGGUACCAAAACAAAUUUUCUUAAGCUUCUUUUUGGGGCAGUUAUUAGUAUCGCAGAAUCGCAUCGUGGCCGAACUCCUACAAUUCAAAUUGGAGAAGCACCUUCACCCACUUCUUCUCACAACCAAACCGCAAACAUGGCCAUCACAAAUGUACAAGCGAUCAAUUCUAUUGACUCUGUUGAUGAUGUAUAUGACCACAUUGUCGACCCACUUCAUCCACGUACUGAAAACAUGGCCAAUGUUAUAAGGAGACGUCGGCCAGAGCUAACCCACGAAGUUCCUAAAAAGUUAGAGUCAUCAGAGAGAUCAAGACUGACGGAGAUAUUACCUGAUCCAGGCUACUUCGCGGCGGGUGCUAUCGCCGGGAUUUUCUCUCGUACAGCAACAGCUCCCAUAGAUCGAUUGAAAGUUUACCUCAUCGCCAAUGUCUCUGCAAAAAGUGCACCUCUCGAAGCAGCGAAGCAGGGAAACCCGGCUGCAGCUGUUAAAAUGGCUGGACAGCCUAUAAUCCUUGCUAUCAAGGAGCUUUGGAAAGUAGGCGGUAUGCGUAGCUUAUUCGCUGGUAAUGGCUUAAAUGUCCUUAAAGUUAUGCCUGAAAGUGCUAUCAAAUUUGGCUCCUUUGAAGCUGCGAAAAAACACCUGGCUCAGUUGGAGGGACAUGGUAAUUCCAAGAAGAUUAAUCCUUAUUCAAAGUUUGUUGCUGGUGGUUUCGCUGGAAUAAUGUCUCAAUUGGUUGUCUAUCCGAUUGAUACCUUAAAGUUCCGAAUGCAAUGUGAAACUGUUGCUGGUGGCCUUCGUGGAAAUGCCCUUAUUGCCGCCACUGCGAAACAAAUGUAUAAACAAGGUGGAAUUCCAUUUGCAUACAGAGGUUUGACAAUGGGGUUGGUUGGCAUGUUCCCCUAUUCCGCUAUUGAUCUUGCUACGUUUGAAACUUUAAAGGGAUACGUGGCGCGUCGAAAUAUGAAGCGCUUUGGAUAUAGUGAAGCAGAUGCCCUGCCAGGACCGUUUGCCACAGGCGCCAUUGGCGCAUUUUCGGGAGCAUUCGGCGCAAGCAUUGUCUAUCCAAUCAAUCUCCUCCGUACCCGAUUACAAGCUCAAGGCACAGUCCUACACCCUCCAACCUAUACUGGGAUUGUGGAUGUUGCACAGAAGACUCUUAAAAAUGAAGGAUUCCGUGGUUUGUACAAGGGUCUUGCGCCUAAUCUAUUCAAGGUCGUACCUGCUGUCAGUAUCACAUACGUCGUCUACGAACAAGCCAAAAAGACUAUGGCCUUAAAUUAA